ACUAGAUCCGCCCAUUCCCUUCUAUCCCCCGACUGCUGCCGCUUUCUGGCGCAAGUGACCGGCAACGAAGACCUCUGGUCUCACUGGAUCAGCCGUCGGUAGGGCUCCUCCACGUCCGUGGGCUCCUCCUUACGCGGCGAACUGAGGCUCGUUGUGCUUGCCACGUCUUCGGACGAAGUCGCACUGACGGAUCGAGUGUAUCAUCAACUGUACCGAAAUGAAAGAAGAUGCCCUGACUGGGAUGACUGCUGCCGGAGGAUCACCUCAGGAUGCUCCAGCUCCGCGGUUGCCCACCGAGAUCUGCGGACGCAUCAUCGACCAUGUAGCUGCGGGCCUGGAUAUCGCCUAUCUACUGGAUGGGAAUCCACACCUAUUAGCUCUUCGAUCGUGCGCACUGGUAUGCAGGGACUGGUACUAUCACACGUGGUACCAUCUCCGUCAGCGCGUUCACCUCCGUGACCGGGACAACGUCCGUUCACUUUCCAGGACGCUCCGCGACAGACCACGCCUCCGCGAUGUCGUCCAACAGGUCAUUAUCUCGGGUCGUGCAUCUAGGCAGCAAUCAAUGGUUCAGCACCUCGGAUUGUUUACCGCUAUGCUUGCCGGGAAGCUCCUGGCGUUGCAAACAAUCACCAUCAAAGAUGCAGAAUGGACCGUUGGCUCGAUGAGGAUGGAAGGCUUUGGAUAUCUCGCCACAUUCAACCUCGUCCGCCACUUAGAGAUCAUCAACGUCACUGUGCCGAGCAUCGCCCACCUGGCCCACCUCAUCUCAGCACUCCCUGGACUGAGCUUUCUACGGCUCCUUGUUGUUAACUGCUCACUGCAGAAACACCCAGCCUCUCUUGUUUCUCUCCCGCUGAACUCUGCAAAUUUGGACAGUAUUGACGUGCGAUGGGUUGCACCCGCGAUUGAGGAGUUCCUCGUACGAAUCAUCCAGGAGGCCUCCCGAGUGCGCUGUCUCGAAUUCGGGGUGGCCAGCGAGGUGAACAUAGUCUCGAUGGGCAGCAGAAGCCAGACUUUGCUGGAUGCAGGUGCCGCUUCGGUAGAAGACCUCCAACUCUGGAUCAGUCCUAACCUUUCCGCGAGUGGCAGUACUGUUGACGCCGCUGUAGAACGACACUAUAACCUGUCGCGCCAUGAAAGCCUGUGGCGAUUGGAAAUCAACCUGUAUCACCCCUUCGGCUUGUCCUGGAUUUCUCAUAUCAUCUCUCGGAUCACUUCGAAGCAUCUCAUGGCCAUGUCUGUCAUGUUUUGCAUUCGUGCAGAUCACGCAGCUGACGACGUGGAUCGGGUACUGACAAUGAUGGAGGAAGACAAUAUCUUGGUGCAAUUGGACGACACGCUGCAGACAGAGUGCUUUGCCAACAUCGCACCGGGUGGCGUAUGCCUAGGCUUUGAUCACGAUGGCUGGCUCUCGUAUCAGAAGCUGUUUGGUGAAGGAACAUCAUUCCGGGAGCGGUGUAAUCAGUGGGACGAGCUCAUGAUACGGAAGCUGGUGGGGUGCAAUGGACGGGGAAUAUUGACGUACGUAGUACAAGGUUUGUACGAAAGCAGAUAAGCUGAGUCCCCCCUUAGCACUGCACAUGGUGCAGAAGAGCGCUCCGACUGGCAGCGUGCCAUGCACAGAAUUCAGACAAA